GCCGAAACUACCAAGGUACCUAGUCAUAGUCACGGAUUUGUUACGGAUUUAACUUAACUCGAUCAUUAUUGUUCUGAUUCGAUAUUACCCUGGUCGACUCUAUCUAAACCAUUCGAGAUUGGCAAGGGAAGGGAAGCCAUGCCUCCUUCAAAUGAGACAACCUCGUCUGCGAGGCCGAAGCAGAAUGAGAGAAAGGAUGCCUCGACUGCCCAGAAAGAUACCACAUACAAUCAAUCCAACUUCACUCGACAGACAAAUGCCGUGAAGGAUUUAUUCAGUAUACCUAGACCGGUUAAGAAAUUGUUUGAUAGAGUUCCUGUUGUUACAUAUCCAGCAAACGAAUUACCACAAAGGAGUCCUGGGGCAAAGGGUAGAAGGAAUGAUAGAGAUGCUAGAUUGCCCAGUUUAUAUAUCUUCUGUAGAGAGGGCGAGGAAGAGAAUGGAGGCAGACCAAGUUUUAAUCCGGGAUGUUUGAAAUGGCAGACUUUUUUAAAUCUCGCAGGAGUUAAUCAUAAUAUUGUCUCUUCAAAUAAUCAUGCUUCACCUACUGGUGUCCUACCUUUCCUCUUACCAGGCAUCAAAUCGAAUUCUUCACAAGAUGGCUACCUUCCAAUACCGAGUAAUGGACUGGUGAAAUAUGCAAAGGAACAAGGAAAGAAAGUCCCCGAACCAAAGAGUAGGAAAUUGGAAGCUUAUCAAGCUCUAAUCGAUUAUAACAUUAGAAAUGCUUGGCUACAUUCUCUUUAUCUAACCCCCUCGAACUUCCGCGCGAUAGCCGCUCCCCUCUACAUAGACCCGGCAUCCUCCUCUCUCCCAGUUCGCCUCUAUACGGCCCACCAACUGCGCUCCGCAGCCGAAUCUGAGUUGCGCAAGAGCGCGGAGAUUAUUGACCAGGAAAUGAUUUAUAGGGAGGCGGACAGAGCCUGGGAAGCACUCAGUUUGUUACUUGGGGAGGAGAAAUGGUUUUCCGGGGAUGCGCCGGGCCUCUUUGAUGCGAGCGUUUUCGCUUAUACGUGGCUAUUGGGUGAUGAGGGGUUGGGGUGGGGGAAGGGUGAUAAGAGGUUGGCAGAGGGAGUGGGCAGGUGGAGAAAUCUUGAGAGGCACAGAGACAGGGUAUUUAGGAGGUGCUGGGGGGAGGGAGAUGGUGUACUGGUAUGAACGGAGGAGUAGAGAUGUACUGGAAAUAUAAGAUGGGUGAAAGGAAAUGUAGGGGUUGAAACUAUAAUGCGGAGAUUUGAGAACACCGAAGAACAUUAUAAUUGCCAACAAAGUUCAGUUUCAGGAGAUCGCGGGGUAGUAGGGGAAUGGAAUAAACGAACUCCCCUUGCAUAGUAGCAUCGCAACUCCAGAAAACCAAAAUCCAAACCAGAGGAAUUAAAUUUGGUGAGAAGUAUCACUUCACCUCUGACUUGUCACAAAAUUCAUGAUCCUCGUUCAAGGUGUCUCGACUUCUCCUCUUUGCUUCGCGUUUUGCUUGCAACUUCUGGAUGCACAUACCCGAGUAGGUUUACUGGGGCCUAUAUUCGAAAAUUUAACUCACUGGAGCUAGGUCAGUACUUCAGCCGCUCAAACUGGAAAUCCUACAGUUCUGAUUCAUCGAUGCAAGCCAUUCUAUACUAUUCCAAGAUGAUCUCUCCCCAUUCUUCGUCUUCCUCUAUCGCCUCUUCACACAUAAUCCCAUCUAUAAACACCUCCCUACAGGGCUCUACAACCCAUCCAUACUCUGUCUCACCACAAAAGGCACCGGUGAUCACGCUAUAGCCACAAUUGAAUCACCAAACUUGAAACUGGGAUCUCCCACUCCCACACAUGUGCAACCCUCGGGAUUUGGACUUUCUGCUUCGUCCCACGCAGUAUUGAGUUACUACUUUCAUGAAUAUCGAUUUGACAAGUCUAGCUCUCUCGCAAGAGCAUUCUUAUCCACGCGUGCUUUUCUUCGAAACGUAGUCAAGUCUUGAUCCUUGGUGUUGUUCCCCAUGGUGGAAAGAAAUCCAAGUGCUGGCUCAGGAAAUAUGUCAUUUUCGCCGAGCCAGAUCUAAGGCCUCUGAUUGUGAGUGUGAAUAUCGCCCAGGGUGAGGUUGGUAAAACGGAUGUUAUUACAUCAUCCAUCGCUGGAACUCGGGAGAAGCACUUGAAAAAUUCUUCCAUUAUAGUCUGGCCAGCAUUGCAUCAAACACCGUCUCGUCGAAUGGCAUUGUUCCUCUCCCCACACAGAAAUGCGAAUAACCAAUGAUAGAUGUUUGUCCCGUUAUUCUUUGCCACAUCUUCAUUAGGUAGUAAUAUCAAUAUCCUCGCCGAACAAGGGAUGGCUUGGAUAUUCAAGAUUGCUGCAGGAUCCGGGGAUUGAUGUUCUUGAUAUUCGCCUGCAGAAUUGCCUUCAUAUCCCAACUAAAAUGUUCAUUGAAAUGAAUGCAGAUAUCACGAGGCGAUACAUUACCCAUAUCCUUGAUCUUAUAGGCCGCAAGCAUAUUCUUUCACUCAAAAUUUCGAAAAAUAGCAAUACAAAUUCAACAUAAUUCACCAAAAAACACAUUCCAAUCAACA